UGCAAACAGUACUAUACUGAGAAGCAGAGAUCCUGGUGGGAUGCAGUUCGUACUCUGAUGCAGAAAAAAACAACGCCAGACUCAGCAACAAGACUGAAGCUUCUUGUACAGCAUGGAUUAAGUACCCUGCGAGCCCAGGAGAAACACGGCCUUCAGCCUGCCUUAAUUAUCCACUGGGCAAGAAGCCUGCAAAAAACAGGCACUAGCCUUACCUCCUUCUACGACCAGAAAGAAUAUAUUGGAAGAAGUGCCUACUACUGGAAGAAAACUUUGCUUGCUUUGAAAAUGAUCAAAAAGCACAAAAGUGUUCCUGAGCCUACUGAUCCUCUGUUCAAAUAUUUCCAUAGUGUGGACAUUCAGGUCUUUCAGGUUGCAGCCUAUGAAGAAGAGGCACAUACAGCAUUUGCAAUGUUGGACGCGGUUGAAGGCAAAACCGAUGAUGCUUUAUUAGCAUUUGAAGCUAUUAAGAACGUGGUUUCAUACUGGAAUCUUGCCAUACUUUGCCAAAGAAAGGCAGAGGAGAUUGAGAGCGAUGAUAUGUUGCCAGAAGAACAAGAAGAGCACAAAACCUAUCUUCUUAAAAGAAAGCAUUACCUGAUGAAGAUCAUCGAUGAAAGCUCCUCUGAUCCAUCAGUAGCUGACAAA